AUGACCGAUUUGGAUGAUCAAAAAAUACGCCGUUCAACCAGAGAUAUCAAGCGACCGAAGUUCGACGACGAGAUCGUAGAAAGCGUCCCUGUCGUAAAGGGUGUUUUGAAGAAAAAAUCGGAUAGAAUGUCCCCGGACUUAGUUAUGGUAGGUUAUCGAUAUCAUCUAUCUAUACAUAGAUUUGCAUCUUGUUUCCUUCAAAAAUUAUUGUAAGUUUAAUUCAGAUGAAAGAAUUCGAGGAUAAAAGUUUUCUAAACGAUCGAAAAAGAAGGGAGAAACUUCAGAUGGGGUCAAAACUAACGUAAGAAUUUUUCCGAUAUAACGGAACCUUCCAGUGCGUUUGCUAGCCAAAGAUUGCCAAACAAACCCGUUAACGAGUCGGACAGACCUACAGCAACUUCUUCACUUUUAAACGACAUCUUCAAACGGUGGACAGUUCAGGACGAUAUAUUACUCAUGUCAUCUGUUAGUCAUGUAUGUUUCUAAAAUGAUAUGUUAUCUAUUAUUUAGUUGUGUGAUUUGAAUGCGGUUCAUUGUUCUACUCCAUUUUCAAAGACGUUUACUCUCGCAGAGAUUGAUUCAAGGUGGUAUGGGAUUCUUUAUGACGAUACAAUCAACAAGGCCACUAUGGAGAGGAUAGAAAAAGUGUCACAGGAUCAAAUUAUGCAUAUUCAAUCGAAAGUUCCCUUUUCGGUCGAGGAAGAGGAAAUCCUUAUGACUCUGACUCCCUUCAGGAUAACUACUCAUUUCACAAUGUUUGAGAACCUUUUGAGUCAGCACAGGCAUGUGUUUCAUCCUUGUAGGACACCUGCAUCACUUGAGGAUCAUUGGCGGUACAUGAAACAUUACAAUCUUCUAUGUGAGCAGACUGUUCCAGUGUUUGACGAGGAGUUAAUAAGGGUGCGUUCAAUAAUUUAAUAUAACAUGUUGUCUUGCAGAUGGAGCGCCAAGGUAAUGUUGAAAGAAAUGAUACGAUCAUCCUUCCAAAUAAUGCUGAUCACAGAAAUGUAGCACAGGAUUUGUUUAACAGUAUGAUUGAUAUGGACGAAUGGGAGAAAGUGGUAACAAAAGCCGUUACGGGGGUGUCUAAUGCUCUUCAAUUUGACCGCGACACUCUGGCGGUAUUAAAAGGACGAUGUGUGUCCUUUGACAUAAGGAAAGAUCGUGUUUUGAUUGGGCGAAGUACGCAGAAACAUCGUGUCGAUGUCAACUUAGCCUUCGAAGGGCCUACCGCACACAUCAGUCGGAGACAGGCGGUCCUAAAGAUCGAUCACAAAGGCAGGGCUGUCAUUUACAAUAUUGGGAACGCUAGUAUGUACGUGGACAAGGAUCCAUUGCCCCGAGGGAACAACGUCGAAUUGCACAACAAUUCGAUGCUCGAAAUAGGAUUGCUUCGUUUGAUGUUCUGCCGGAAUCAUGACGUCUAUGACCAGCGCGAGCCUACGUCUACUACCCUUCAUAAGACUGAACCUAACUCAACUUCAUACCAACGGUAA